CAUUUACCUGGAAAUUGCUGAAUACGACGAAAACUUAGAUUUGUUUUGUACCGUUCUGUCCGUCUACGAGUUGUUGCACCAUCGUCAAAAAAAUUCCAUAAAUUGAGUGCCCCGAAAAUGUCCGCUCUCGAUAAUGUGCGCGAGUGGUUUUCCCAGGAAAAUUCACGAAAUAAAAUCUCAGCGAUAGUGGCCGGAUUGUUGUUUUUCGCGGGAUGGUGGUUUCUUAUCGACACGCUAGCGUGCUACCCGGGAGCACUGAAUGCGGGCCAGAUCAUCGUCGGAGUCGUGGGAACAAUUAGCUUUUUUAUGGUCAACACAGUGAAAAAUAGUCAUCUCUCAGAAGACAAUUUCGGAUCGAGAACUCACCUGGCAAAAAUCUGGCUGCUCAUCGGCUUCAUGCUUGGAUUCUCGGCGAUUAUUGCCUCCGUGUGGAUUAUGGUUGCUGAUUUCACAAGCAAAGAUAAAGUGGAAACUUGGCCCGGUGUAGCAAUUCUCCUGCAAAAUGUUUUAAUUCUUAUUUCGAAUUUAAUAUAUCGGUUUGGUCGAAGUGAGGAGGAAUGGAGCUACUAAUUCCAUGCGAAUACUGAAUCACAUUUACACAAUACGCUAGGCUAUUUCAAUUAAUCAUUAUUUGAUAUUUAUGUAAUACCUAUUUUAUUUCUAAUAUGUUUUGUUCAUUUUGCGAAGAUGCGGCGGAAAAUAAAUGAUAAUUUAUUUUCGUUGUUUUUCUCCUACUUUAAACUGUAGAAUAUUUACGAGGAUAUACAUACACAAAUGUACAUUUGUCAGAUUUGCUAAUGGAAAGUUUUAAUACAAAACGUAAUAUACAUACAUGAUUACUUAUGAAAGAGAACAAAUAAACGGUCUUUGUAUACAUAUGAA